CAAGCACGCGGGAAGCGCCGAAAUGAACACCAUGCAAGGUCGCUCCCCUCUCUCAAACCCAUCACUCUCAAACUCCCGCAACCAAACUGACAAUCCUCAUCGCUUUUAGCAUAUGUCCUCAGCAACGCAUACUACUUAGACAGCUUUCUCUGCUUGGAAGCACACCCACCUCUCCCUUUUCCAAGUCCCGCCUCCUCUGUGCAGGACGAACUUACGUCUCAAGAAGACCCCCACACAACAACAACAAUGGAGGCCUCACCCGACAUCCAGCCCUACAAUGGAGGGCCACCAGCCGAACGCAGCCCGGAAGCCUCCGAAACCGGUUCCCACGAUCACGACAACGACCAUGACCACGACAGCGAGCUCGACCACCACUCAGGCGACGACCACUCAGGCGACCAUUCCGGCGAGGACCACCACAAUUCCCACGAGAAUACUGGCGGCGGAAGUGGGGAUACACGGCUGCCGAAACGGAAAAGAGCGUCCAAGGCGUGUGAUACGUGCAGGAAGAAGAGGACGAAGUGUUCGGGAGACUUCCCGUGUUCCGGGUGUCAUGCGUUUGGGUUCGAGUGUCAUUAUACCGAGAGUACCAAGAAAAGAGGGCCGGUAAAGAAGAAUAAGAUGAAGACGUUGGAGGAGAGAUUGAAGAAAAUGGAGACGCUGAUCGCUUCAGCGUCGCCCGAGGGAGAUGCCACAAUCCAUGAAGCACCCGCGCAACCAAAGAAGAAAAGAUCAGAAUCGAGUCUGGGCGGCGGCUCGGGCUCCAAUUCAAAGCAUCACGGGCCUUUGACGGAUGGGUCGAUAGAACCGGUGGCGAGGAGAUCGAAGCUUGUGAAUGAUCCGGGAUGUCUGGUGGAGGAUUUGGGAGGCAACUUUGUGCUGUACUUUGGAAACAUUUGCCAUGCCGCCUCACUGGCACAACAUUCCACCCGAAACUCCGAUGGCCUCCUCACUCUCCCUCUCAAAUUCCCCGCCCGCGUCGCCGACCCAUCCUCCCCACACCACCUCAUCGCCCUUCGCGAAGUUCUUCCCCUCACCCACGACCAAAUCAUCCGCCUAUGCUCCCUCUACUUCGAUGCAGUCCAUCCGUACGUUCCGCUCGUCGACAAAGACAGCUUCUUUUCAACACUCUCUGACGGCCCGGAUUCACAUGCGUUCCGAGCGCUAUUGUACUCGGUGCUUAUAGUUGCGGCGUAUCAUGCUACCGCGUUGCCGAACUUCACGAUCGACCCAGUUGCAUUGGAUGAUUUGACGAGAAAAGUGAGGGAUAUACUGAUUGACUACGAGGCACCACAUAUCUGGAUAACCCAAGCCACCCUUCUCCUCACACUCCUUUGGUACGGCAAAGGUCGGCGAGUAGUAAACAAAUGGCGUGCAGUAGGGUGGGCCAUUCGCAGUGCACAAGAACUGGGCCUGCAUCGCAAUCUGUCCAAUAUCCGCAAUGAGGAGAUGCGGCGAAGGACAUGGUAUUGGGCGUAUAUCCUGGACCGGUACUCGAGUAUUGGGUCGGGGAGGCCGACGUUGAUUCAGGAUGAGGAAUGGGACGUUCCAUACCCCCAAGGCUACAACGACAGCGAGCGCCAAAAUGGUGACGUGGAGUAUAUGCGUCAACACGCGGACCUGUGUCGAAUCGUGGGCAAGCUGCUGCGGUUCACCAACGCCGUGCGCGCGCCGGGUUCAAAGAAGACCGCGAGCGCUAAGGAUACCGCGGACGACUUGCAUAGGGAUUUGGAGAAGUGGGGUGAGGCUUUGCCCGCAAAUUUAUCGUGGAAGGCGGAGCACAGUGAGAAGGUCUGGAGCCGGAGGAGUAUCCUGCACGCGACAAGCCAUGUCUGCCGGCUCUACAUCAAGCGCAACGUUCUUGGCCUGCACGAUUCCCGCUCCAAAGCCAUCAGCCUCGAGCUCAUCGGCAUCCUCGAAACACUCCUAACUACCGCCGCUUUCCGUCCAUCUACCAACCUCGACACAAUCACCAAACCCGAAUCCACCACCACCUCACUCCCCCAAUCCCCCUCCAGCGGCGCCAACACAUACGUCUUCCCGGGUCUCAUCAUCUCGUUCUUUGCGGCCUGGGACUGCCACGUUUCCCUCUACAUGGCGGGCGAUACGGACAGCAUGGUGCACGUCGAGCGGCUACACUCCAUCAUGGAGACGCUGGAAGCCACGUUCGACAUCUUCACACCGGUCAUGAUGAUGAUGGCACACACGCUGGAGAGUAAGGGCAUCCAUACGCGUUUGAGACGCUGGGCGCAUCGACGAGCAAAAGGCGACGCGGCGUUCCCAGCCGACGCAAAGAACGCUCAAAGUGCGCCAAUACCCGUCCCCAUGUCCUCGGGCAUUCCGAACGGGAUGUUCCCCUCACCCGUCCAACAAGCAUACGCCGCAUCGCGCGUCUCGCCAAACACAAGCGCCGUCGCAUGGACCUCAAACCCAAACAUCACCGCCCCUUACCCGCGUCCGCAGCACAACAUCUCUUCGCAAAGUUACCAGCAAAUCGACCCGCUCGCCACCCAACAACAAGCGUACCCGGGCCUGUCCAACCCUGCCGCAAUGUCGUACUAUGCAACAGAACCCAACGCAGGCGCACCCGUUUACGCGAUGCUCAACCCGGUCCCUGGUGCGAACGCGAACGGGAAUGUGAAUGUGAGUCAGGGCGUGGCUGCUGCUUCUGCGAAUAACCCGAUUGGGGGGAAUAUGGUCCGCAGCACGUUCUUGGAUGAGGACUUUUUGGCGGCGAUGUUUGGGGAGGUGGCGGAUCCGAGUAUGUUUGAUUUUGUGGGGUAUGUUUAGUUUAGGGAAUCGCUUUCUCUAUGGGAAUUGGAAGGAGUGGGAUUUUUUCGUCCCCGUCCACCCCCUCUUGUUUUGGAACGAGAUAAGGGUGUGUGAAGGG